GAUUCCAUAUAGGUUGAACAUGAUUUGCAAAUCAUUGGAUUCUGUUUUUAUUGAUGUUUAACGCAACGUCCCAACCUCGUUGGAAUUGGGGUUGUACAAAGAUUGCCACGAGUGUGUUCAGCUGUUGUAUCUAAGGUCAAAAGUUGAGAACACUUUUUUGUUCAGAGGUUAAUUCCAUGAUUUCUUUUGUCACUUGAAUUGUUUGUUUUAUGAUUUUAUUUCUGAGAACAAUGUCGCAUUGAACUGCGUCAAUUUCAACCGGUUGGGUGUUUACAUCCAGUCAGCUGUUCGUACACGAAGGAGAAAUGGCCGAUAAUUCAGCAAACAAAACGUAAGCAGAAGUUGAAGUUCUCACAGCUGGAAUUGAAAUGUCACAAUUGACAAUCAGUCAAAUUUUACACACAUGAAAUAUAUGCUACACGUUAUUUGUAUAGACUCACACACACACACACACACACACACUCCUAUAUAUACACACACACACACGGACCCUUCUUUCUCCGUGUGCCGAGUGAAAAGAGUUUUUGUGGGCCUUUUUCAACCGCUUCAUUCGAUUUGAGCUGCAAACGCAAGCUGACGUCACACACGCUCGAUACACGCGUAUUUGUGCAGCCGGUCUACACUGAGUACACGAAGUACACGUUCAGUUGACAGGAAGCGCUCAAGUCCACGUGUACAAUUUUGCCACUCGCAACAUAAUCAGACAUGCAUGAAUUUCAUGUUUUAUAAUGGAUUUGGUUUGGACUAACGCGAGUAUAUGUUCGUGAGUCCUCUGUGAGAAUUGCUGCAUUGAGCCAACCUACUUACAUUUUUUGGUUUCCAUGUGCCGUUUGCGCACGUGUUUGACGCUUGUUAUAAACGUGCGUGACCUCAUUCAGCGUUUUUUUGGUCACGCUGGCCCUCAGACAGCCAACUGGAAUGCAUCAGCGGGGAAAAAAAACAGGGCAAGGUCACUGACAAGCGAUCUAAAGAUGCAACACAGCACAUUUGUUCUUUUGAACGCGAACUCAACUGUGCACGUUUGCGUGUGUGUGCGCUCAAUGUUUGUGGGUCACAGCGGCAGGUCACACGAGAUAACAGCAGAUAAAACCCUUUGGAAAAAAACAACAACUUUCGCAAUCCUACUUUGACAUGUUUGAGACACAGCAACGCGCGCACGCAAUGAAUGCAAUUCCCAAAUCUGGAGAUGGAUUUGGUGCCAAUGGAGCGGCAGCCUCCCGCUCUCAUUGGCAGUUCGUUUGUCUUCAGUGCAGCUAACACGCUAACCCGUUUUUGGAAUGUGGGAGGAGUAGGGGACCAAAUUGGAGCCCAGCGUGUCAAAACCGCGCGCGAGGCAAACGCGGCCGCUCUCCGAGUCGGUUUUGUUGUGUGUUGGCGUCCAGCAGAUGGCGCUGUUUCCGCCCCGCACGCAGCAGUUCCGAACUUCCGACAGCAGGAAACAGGAGACGACGAAGAAGAGUCGACUUCGGAAGAUGUCGGCUGACACCAAGAUCGCCGAGCUGCUGACUGAACUCCAUCAGGUCAUCAAACACACGCAGGAGGAGCGGUCCCGUAGCGAACACAACCUGCUCAACAUCCACAAAACCCACGAGAGGAUGCAGACGGAAAACAAAACGUCGCCGUACUACCGCACCAAGCUGAGAGGGCUUUACAUCACCGCCAAGGCGGACGCGGAGGCCGAGUGCGGGAUCCUUCGCCGCGCUCUGGACAAAAUUGCGGAGAUCAAGUCGUUGUUGGAGGAGCGAAGGAUCGCCGCCAAGAUGGCGGGAGUGUAUAGCGACAGCGACCCCCCCAGGAAGACCAUGCGGCGCGGCGUCCUCAUGACGCUCCUCCAGCAGUCGGCCAUGACGCUGCCGCUGUGGAUCGGCAAGCCCGGCGAGAGCCCGCCCCCUCUGUGCGGGGCCACGCCCGCCAGCGGCGACUACGUGGCCAAGCAGGGCGACAAGGUGGCGGCCCGGGUCAAGGCGGUGGACGGGGACGAGCAGUGGAUCCUGGCCGAAGUCGUCAGCUACAACCACGCCGCCAACAAGUACGAAGUGGACGACAUCGACGAAGAGGGCAAAGAGCGCCACACGCUGAGCCGCCGGCGCAUCAUCCCGCUGCCGCAGUGGAAGGCCAACCCCGAGACUGACCCCGAAGCGCUCUUCGGCAAGGACCAGCUGGUGCUCGCGCUCUACCCGCAGACCACCUGCUUCUACCGCGCCCUCAUCCACGCCCCGCCGCACAGGCCGCAGGACGACUACUCGGUGCUGUUUGAGGACACGUCGUACGCCGACGGAUACUCGCCGCCUCUCAACGUGGCUCAGCGCUACGUGGUCGCCUGUAAGGAGAACAAGAAGAAGUGAAAACCGAUCGUCACGUUUGGCCCAACGCCACCUCGCAGAUCCUGUGGGCCUCAAGCAGCUAGUGGCCAACGAAGGAACUGGAUCCUACCGAAGGAAGCUUUUAUAUAUAUAUAUAUAUAUAUAUAUAUAUAUAUAUAUAUAUAAAAACAUCGAAAACUACUAAGACUGUAAAUAACAACAAAACUGUAAUUAAAGAUUCCUCCCUU